CAGCCGUAUGCUGAUCUGCUUAUACAUCGCCCUUCAGCGCUGUUUUUCAUUGCCUUCUUCCUAUUUUGCGGUGUGGCAGUGAUCGUAUUGGUUACAACCUGCUCACUCUCACCGUCGUCAUUGCCUUCUCGUCGCCCCGCACAGACCGCUGCUGGCGGUCGCCCCUUCUGUACAUAAACAAACCACACACAUAGAACCUUUUUCCUACCUCGCACUUCCUCGACGCGACCACACUCACGUGACUGCAAUUCGCGUCCUCGAUUACUAUCAAACUAACAGCUUGAGCCGGUCUCACGCUACUUCGCGACGCCGAGCUUCGCUUGAACGUGUAAGUGCUCUCACCAUAGCUUCCUCAGUGGCUUGCGCACAGCGAGCCCGAAUCGCGAUCAAAAUGUUGACCUGAUUCUCCUCUUAGACCGGCGUCACACGUACACGACUUCGUCUUCUCGCACUCUGCUCUCACUACACAGCUAUGAGCUGGGACACAGGAGCUAGCGGUGGCGACGCAUGGGGUGGCGGCGACACCUCUGGUGGUGACGCUGGAGACUCUUGGGGCAUCGGUGGCGGUGAUGGCGACGACGCCUGUCGAAUCUGCAACCAAUCUGGCCACUUUGCUCGCGAUUGCCCGGACAAGCCUGCUGGCGGCGGUCUCACUGGAGAGUGCUUCAACUGCGGCGAAGUCGGCCACAACAAGGCAGAUUGUACCAACCCUCGAUUCGAGCGCGCGUUCACCGGAACUUGCAACGCCUGCGGUAUCGAGGGUCAUGCUGCUCGCAGCUGCCCGACCAAUCCAAUGAAGUGCAAACUUUGCGGCAAAGAGGGCCACAAAGCCCUGGAGUGUAAGGAGCGCCGCCUGAUCGACUGGGAUGGUGUUCCAGAACUCGAGGCUGAAGAGGCCUGGGCCAAACUUAUCGACGCAGCCAAGGAGAAGGAUCUCGAUGGCUUUCGGACAUGCCUGAAGGCCUACGCUCGCGCAGUUGUCGAACACUUCGUCCUUCCUGACGUCGAGGCCGCUCUCCGUGAGGAUGGUCUUCCUGUCUUCCUCGUUGCCCUUCGACAGGAAAUUGCGGUCAACAUGACCAUUGUCGACGUGAUCGGCAACCCGGAACGUGAAUUUGUAUUGACUAUCCAGCUCUCCGAGAAGCCCCGACGAGCGAAGAUGGCCCAAGGCUGGCCCAAGGACGCAGCCGAGAAUCUGCAGCGUCUUGCUUCGGCUGGCUUCAUCCAGGAUCGCGGUGUACCCCUCUGCAGCAACUGCGGCGAGCUCGGUCAUGUCCGCAAGGUAAGGCACCUAAUCCUUCGAGCUUAACUUCGCUAACAUUUGCCAGCACUGUGAGCAGGAGCAGCCCGAGCUUGUCUCGAAUACUCCCGCCGUUCAGUGCGUCUACUGUUCGGAGGAGGGUCACCGUGCUCGUGACU